CGCUCUAUAAAACGAGAGUAAGUUUUAUCAUCUCGAAAACCAUCUACAUUUCAACACAUUUUCAUUCAGCAACCAUCCUUAUUCAUGGCCGAACGACGUGUAGGAACCAUGAGGUCUAGGUCUUCAUCCCCGGAGUAUGAUUCUCCUCAGCUCCCCAUUCAUAUAGAGUUUGAGGAAGGGAAGUUGUUUGAUUGCAGGUACUGUGCCAGAAAAUUCCCAAAUAAGCAAGCGUUAGGAGGUCAUCAAAAUGCUCACAAAUUUGAGAGGUCUGUUGAGAACCAGGUUGCCAAUAUCAACAACAACAACGUCAUCAAUCCUACUCCUCCUCCUGCCGAUUUUGUGAGCAGGCCAACUUUUGGCCCGUUUAUGCAGUCACACGGGCUUGUACCUUCUUUUAUAGGUACCGCUCUCGGCCCAUACAACCUGUCGCAGGCUGCACCGGCCUUUGCUGGUGUUCAAGGAUGGCCCGUGCCUUCUUCUUCUUCUUCCUCAAGCCCUACCGCUGCAAUCACUACAAAUCCUCCUCCAAUUAACAACCUGCUUGCUAUAUUUUGCUCUGUUGGAAACAAUGUGGGCAAAGUGGAUGAGACACGGGAGGAAGAUGCUGGAUUGGAUCUGUCCCUCAAGCUCUAA